GUUGGUUCGUUCUCCCUCUUCAUGUUCUGAACAUCGAGACACCCAUUCGUGAUCUCAGGCACGAGGGUGCGCAGCUCCUUCUCGUAGCUGUCGUGUUUGUUGUUGUCUGUCACGGCCGAGCCACUGCUGCGUUGCACGAACCACAGAUCACCCGACCACCCUUUCCUUCGGCAGCCGAUAAUACCCUUAUCGCCUGGGAGCACGCGACCUCUUAGCAUAACGUGCGGAUCGGUCAGCUCAUAUUCUUACGAUGAGUAGAGGCCAUCGCCAGGACGAUGGGCAGACGGGCCAACAUGGCAACGAUCUAAGUUUCCUCGAUUUCUUGCGCUCCGCUGGCGGAACGGUACCCAUAUCUCACGAUCACUCAUCGUCGUCGUCCCAGCAGCAGCGGCAGCGACAGAACCUCCCAUUCGAGCAACAGCGACAGAAUAGCGGUGACUCGGCUGAGCGGAAGAGGCGGCAUACUGGGUCUGAUCCAGAGCGAAGGAACUAUCCAUACCCAACAUACACUGCAAGGCCAUCAGGCGUGCGUGGUGGGGACGGCAGUCCUCCUCGUCUGGCGGGCGGCAGUAGAGAACACGCUAUAGAUUUGACAUCGUCGUCCCCUCCAUCAUCGUUGAUGGCCAGGCCUGGAUAUCCAAGAAUGUACGACAGCAGCGGAAGUCUUCCAAGCAAUCGCAGCUACGGGCGGUAUGGCAGGCGAGAGAGUGAUAUCGUGCUUCCACGGUGGCAGCCGGACCAUGAGGUGAACAAAUGUCCUGUGUGCGAGACCGAGUUCAGCUUGCUGUAUCGACGGCAUCAUUGCAGGAAGUGCGGACGAGUGGUUUGUGCAAGAUGCUCGCCGCACCGCAUCACGAUCCCCCGACAGUACAUUGUGCAGCCUCCGGAUAUCGUGAGUCUGUACGCCGACGAUCCAGCUUCGCCGUUGAGGAAUCCCGCGCUAGGCGGAGGUGAAGUCGUGCGCGUGUGCAAUCCAUGCGUGCCUGACCCGUGGACGCCAGACGCAGGCUCACCAUCACUUGCGGCAACUCAAUUCCCUCACGACAACACUCACCCACCAUCCGUAACACAUCCACCACGGCAGGACUCGGCCACCAGAGGCUCACAGGAUCGCUACAGAUCGAUCCCUGUGCCCCCCGGCGGCCGCAAUCGAGCUCAGAGUCACCAGCAGACAAACGAUCAGCGGCGACAGCAUGAGUUUUCGCGAUUGUUCUCCAGCUCCGCCGCUCUCGAUCGCUAUGCACGCAACGUUCGCUACUCUCCUCACGAUAUAAGAGCGCCAUCGACGCAAGGAAGCGGCUCAGAGCCAGGUCAGCACUCACACCCACAGCACAUCGACACAAUGCAUCGUCGCGGGCACAGCCUGAACAAUCGAGAUCUACCAUACUCGCGGUCGGCACUCCCCGCGCCAAUACCGCCUCCCACCUCUCGACCACCGCCAGCACCGCGACGGCAGGUCGCUGAAGAAGACGAAUGUCCUGUCUGCGGCAACGAAAUGCCACCGGGAGAAGCGGUGCGCGAACGACACAUCAACGAGUGCAUAGCAGCACGAAUGGCACCCAGCUCCUCCUCCACACCUCCAGUUGCCCCUGCCGCAGCAGCAAACAUCGUUCCCAGCACCACCAGCGGCACUACUCCGCCUCAAGCUGAGGGGUCUCGACCGCGCACCACGAGCUUCCGACCACGCGGAAUGGUGAAGAGCAUUGCUACAGAGAAAGACUGUGUGGAAGCUAGUGGGGAGGCUCGAGAAUGCCCGAUUUGCUACGAGGACUUUCAGCCGGGCGACGAGUUGGGCCGCAUGGAGUGUUUGUGCCUUUUCCACAGGACAUGCAUUCGAGGAUGGUGGGAGAGGAAGGGAGUAGGGAGUUGUCCCACACCACACUUUGAUUAGAGCAUUGAAUUGAAGCAUUAGGGGCCAGGAUAAAGGAGCGUUAACGAAUCACGAAUGGAAAUGAAUUUGGAUAGCAUGAUCUUCCCUCCGCUCGCGUCCUGCGUUCUUCAUGCUCAUACAUGAACACUCUCUGUCCGGCGAGCUUCAAGAUGCCCCAAUUUCAUGCCUCUCGUUCUCGUGUCUUUCCACUCAAUGGUGUGCCGAUGCUUUUGCAGAAUAUCUCCGAUUCUUCCAGCUUCACAGGGUCCGGCUGCAGUCGCCGGAUUAACGAAGCGCUUUCGAGCGGUUGGAGGUAGAAUUGCCAGCUGUAGACAGGCUCGUAUCCUCGUGAACUACAUUUCCCUGUCUUUCCCGAGUACUCGGAAGAUGUGCUGGUCUUGUACAUUCCAACUUCUCUUCCUCUUCCAAUUCCACCGUCUCGAGGUCUUGAACCAGGGUCUUUGGAAGUUGGCUUAGGGCAUGCGGUAUUAGUUUUGAGGCUCUUAAAUGUAUGAUCAAGGUUGUAAGUCCGAGUUUCUGGGCAAGCAUUUACUGUUAGACUACAUCGUCUCCGAGUGUCUGGACACGAUCACUAAUAACUCGUGCCCGAGUGUCGGUCAAGCAUUUCCCGUCAAGUCGUGCUCGAGUGCUUGGUCAAGCAUUACUGUUACUUCGUGCCCU